GGUUAUAUAGAACAAAAUCGAUACGUAUUGUUAAACACUUGACACUUGAAAAUGUAAAUAUUAACUUUUAAAAAAACUUGUAAGUUAUUUGUCGAGUGUUUAUGCUUUUUUUCUGGUUUUACUCCCUGCUACAAAAAUCGCGUUACCGGGAUUUUCAGUAUACCAGACACCACUUUCCUAAUUUUGUUAUACAUGUAGUUUGAUUACUAGUAUAUAUAGAUAAUAUGGCUGAGGCAGUUCACAAGCCUGCAGGAAUCGAAGAACUUCAAGGGUCCACAGCCCAAGCAAUCACACUUAAGGAAAGACGCAUUAUUCUCAUUGGAAAACUUGGAGCAGGCAAAAGCCACAGCGGGAACGGCAUAUUGGGAAAAACGGAGUUCGAAAGCAAACGUUGUUGGUCAUCAGUGACAAGGCAAUGCAAAUAUGGAUCAGCCGCUAGAGACGGGUUCCUGUAUCGAAUCUACGACACACCGGGUGUAAACUCGCCAGAGGAACUGCAGACGACCGUGAACGUGGAGGAGGACAUCAGGCGAUGCUUGUACUGUACGUCCCCAGGUUUCCACGCCAUUGUCUUGGUUCUGUCGGCUGCUGAGAGGAUCACAAAGGAAGACCUGCAGAUGCUUAAAAAGCUUGAUGAUCUAUUGGGACAAAGUGCGUAUAAAUAUAUGAUUCUUGUCAUUUCCAAAUUAGAAAAUGAUGAGAAUGAGUUAGGUAAAAUGAUGUGCGAGGCUCCUGAAAUUGUUAAAUUAAACGUCAAAUGCAAUAGCAGACAUGUCAUCUUCGGGGAUGAUCCGAAAAACAUUCCUUUCGAGUGUGUGAGACAGUUUGAUGAUAUUCUUACUAAACUAAUCAAGGAAAAUGAGUGGCAAGGAAAAGAGUAUUAUACUCAUAAAUACUACGAAAAGGCAACGAGAAUACUGGAAAAGGAUAAAGAAGACUACAUGAGAGACCAUCCAAAUGUAAGCGAGGGAGAGGCGUUCGAAAUAGUUAGAUCCCGAGCGACGGAAGGUUUUUCACCACGUGACACAGAACUGAGAGGUCUGAAGGACCCCAAUUGUUGCUCCAUUUCCUGACAACUAUUGCAUGUCGAUACAUUGCGCGCUGGUCUACUCUCCUAUUUAUUAACUUUUUAAUGGGUAUUCACUAUCUUUGAACGCACUCUUGCCUCUACCUAGUUUGCUUUACAUACUUGAUUUAAAUACUUUCAGAUCUUUGACUUUUGAUUUGAUCAUCAUAUAAACAAAUAAAUGGUGUAUAAGUGAAG